GUACAGAAAGCCGCCGCAGUAUGCCUGGUCACAUGGUGUAGAGGCGUCAGCCGGACGCUGUUUACGUGACUCGCGGAAGCUGCCUGGAAUGCUGUAGUUACAGUUGACGGAAGAUGUCACGUCAUUAGUUAUCGCGAUACUUUGAGAUUUCGUGGGCGUUUCCUAUGAAAGAUGGAGGCCUCCGGGUCGCUGACUGUCAACAAUAAAAUGAGAGCCGGUGUCGGCGGGGUUGGUGCCGGGAGUCCUCAGCCGGGAAAGGGACGAGAAUAUAAUCGCAACCAGCGGAAGGAUUCGGAGGGUUGCUCAGAGUCUCCAGAUAUCGAAUUUAUUUAUGCUGACGCUGAUAAGUGGGCCGCAGAGCUCUCAGAGCUUUACAGUUACACUGAAGGCCCCGAGUUUCAAUGGAACAGGAAAUGUUUUGAGGAGGAUUUGCAAUUACAUGUGCCUGACAAAAAAUGGACAGAGUUAGAUGUGUCCCAGCAGCGUGCACACACCAUGCGGCUCCUUGAUGCUUUGGAGGUCACAGGCAGAGAAAAAAGGCUAAAAGUGGCCAGGGCAAUCCUGUAUGUUGCACAGGGCACUUUUGGGGAGUGCACAUCUGAGUCUGAAGUGCAGACCUGGCAACGCCAUAACAUCUUCCUGCUGCUAGAAGCAGGAGCAUUCAAUGCCCUUGUGGAACUUCUUAACAUGGAAGUCGAGAACAGUGCAGCUUGCAGUAAUGCUGUAAGAAAGCCCGCAAUCUCUCUGGCUGACAGCACAGAUCUUCGAGUUCUUCUGAAUAUCAUGUACCUUAUGGUAGAUACAUUACGAGAGGAAGGUGAUGCCGAUAGUGAAGACUGGAAAACCUCGAGAAAUACUUUCCGUGCAGAACUUGGAUCCCCUGUAUACAACGGUGAACCUUUUGCAGUGCUACUUUUUGGAAUGGUCACAAAGUUCUGUAGUGGUCAUGCUCCACAUUUUCCAAUGAAAAAGGUGCUGCUGCUGUUGUGGAAGACUGUGUUGUGCACACUGGGUGGGUUUGAAGAUUUGCAGAAAAUGAAGGCAGAGAAGCGGGAGAUCUUGGGGCUUCCACCUCUUCCGGAAGAUAGCAUUAAAGUUAUACGCAAUAUGAGAGCUGCAUCACCCCCAGCUUCUGCAUCUGAUCUCAUUGAGCAACAGCAAAGAAGAGGCCGAAGGGAGCAUAAGGCUCUCAUUAAGCAGGAUAACCUUGAUGCCUUUAAUGAGCGGGAUCCAUACAAAACAGAUGAUUCUCGGGAUGAAGAAGAGGAAAACGAUGAAGACAACAGCUUAGAGGGGGAACCUUUUUCUAUUGAACGGGAAGAAGUGAUGCCACCAUCAAUUACUCAGCCUCCUGCUGAUCGUCUUGCUCUGCCAAAAGGUUUACCUUGGGCACCAAAAGUGAGGGAGAAAGACAUUGAGAUAUUUCUGGAAUCAAGUCGCAGUAAGUUCAUUGGCUACACUCUUGGAAGUGACACAGAUACAGUAGUUGGUUUACCACGCCCUAUUCAUGAGAGUAUUCGCACUCUAAAGCUGCAUAAAUACACAUCUAUUGCUGAGAUUCAGAUUCGCCUUGAGGAAGAGUUCAUAAUGUGUCCGCUCUCUGGCGGUGAAGAAGAGGUUGAACAAGUUCCUGCAGAGAUCUUAUAUCAGGGUCUUCUCCCCAGUUUACCUCAGUACAUGAUCGCCUUGCUAAAGAUCCUGCUUGCUGCUGCGCCUACUUCCAAAGCAAAGACAGAUUCAAUUAAUAUUCUGGCAGAUGUGCUUCCGGAAGAAAUGCCGACCACAGUUCUACAGAGCAUGAAACUAGGAGUAGAUGUGAAUCGACACAAAGAGAUUAUCGUGAAAGCUAUUUCCGCUGUAUUGCUGCUGUUACUAAAACACUUCAAGCUAAACCAUGUUUAUCAGAUGGAGUAUAUGGCUCAGCAUCUGGUGUUUGCAAAUUGCAUUCCUUUAAUAUUGAAAUUUUUUAAUCAAAAUAUUAUGUCGUACAUUACUGCCAAAAACAGUAUUUCCGUUCUUGACUACCCAUAUUGUGUCGUCCAUGAGCUGCCUGAACUUACUGCAGAGAGUCUAGAAGCUGGAGAUAAUAACCGAUUUUGUUGGCGAAACUUGUUUUCCUGCAUAAAUCUUUUGCGCAUCCUAAACAAACUGACCAAGUGGAAGCACUCUAGGACCAUGAUGCUUGUUGUUUUCAAGUCUGCUCCCAUCUUAAAAAGAGCUCUUAAAGUCAAACAGGCGAUGAUGCAGCUGUAUGUACUCAAGUUACUGAAAGUACAGACCAAGUACUUAGGACGUCAGUGGAGGAAAAGCAACAUGAAAACUAUGUCAGCCAUUUACCAGAAAGUGCGACACCGUCUGAAUGAUGAUUGGGCAUAUGGAAAUGAUCUUGAUGCUCGCCCCUGGGAUUUUCAGGCUGAGGAGUGUGCACUGAGAGCCAACAUUGAGCGCUUCAACUCUCGCCGAUAUGAUCGCACUCAUAGAAACCCUGAAUUCCUUCCAGUAGACAACUGUCUUCAGAGUGUGCUUGGUCAACAUGUGGAGCUACCAGAGGACUUCCAAAUGAACUAUGACUUGUGGCUAGAGAGAGAGGUGUUUUCUAAACCUAUAUCUUGGGAAGAAUUGCUGCAAUAACAUGCUAUUUAACAUCUGCCUAAAGAUGAUCGGUUUCAUCUGCCUACAUACAUUUAUAACACUAGUUAAUUUACAAAAAUAGUGAUGACCUCUUAUUGACAUCCUCGAAUAUACCUGGGCCAAACGGUUAUAACAUGACCUUUAGAUGCAACAAAAGUAUGAAUUAUUAUUUUUUUUUUUUUAGUUUUUUUUAAAGAGGGCAUUCCCUUGUUUUUUUUUUUUCUUCAUACUUUGGUUCACUUCUAGUAAUAAUUGCUCCUCUUUUCUUGACCCUUUUUUGGUUACACAUCAAGGUAGACAAUAAACUACUAUCUGAUCUUUCAUAUAUUGUAAAGGGCCUUUGCAGGAUUGGAUGAGGGUAAGAUUAUGUGUGACUCCUAAAAUAAUUUUAUUUAUAUAUUGUGUAUUGCAUCAAGUCGUCUGUCACUUGCAACAGUGGUAUUUCUGAUGCUGAGUGAAAUUGUACACCAGUGGACUAUUUAUUAUGGUUUUGAAACAACAUUCCUCUUGUUUAUCUUUAAGGAAAGUUUUAUGUGCUUUUUAUAUUUGUGCUUUUAUAUAUAUAUUUUAUCAGUGUGUACAGAAUGUAUGACCACAGAUAAAAGCGGGAUUAAAGUUGCAAUUUAUCUGGA